UCAAAACCUUGAACCGUCAGUCUCUUGCUGGUAUCGCCUCGCCAAGGUCGGUUUCCGUGUUAGUUCUGCGAGAACUAAAUAAGCCUACUUGGAUUGGUGCUGCUGUUGCCUCUGGUUACAAACACUUCAGCCGAGGAACGACGAUGGAUGACAUCAGCAACGUAUACUACGGGCCACUGCCAGCGGAUUCUCCGUACGUGAAACCGUUCCGCUUUCACUUCACCCAGAAUGGGAAGCAAAAGUCCUGGGAUCUGCUGAAGGUGCACGAUUCGGUUUCGGUCGUCAUCUGGAAUGUCACCCGUCAAAAGCUGGUGCUGGUGAAGCAGUUCCGUCCAGCCGUCUAUCAUGGGUUGGUCAGUGCGGAGGCCGGAGCGGAUGGGCGAAGUAUUGACAUGAAGAAGUAUCCUCCCAGUUUGGCUGUGACGUUGGAGCUGUGUGCCGGGAUUGUGGAUAAGCCAAUUUCGCUGGCAGAAAUUGCGAGGGAGGAAGUGCUGGAAGAGUGUGGAUAUGAUGUGCCAGUCGAUAGGCUUGAGGAGAUUAUAAGCUAUAGGUCUGGCGUUGGAACGUCCGGGUCGCUGCAGGUGAUGUUCUAUGUGGAAGUUACUGACGACGAUAAAAUAAGCACAGCUGGUGGAGGAGUCGGCGAUGAGAUCAUCGAAGUUGUUGAGUACAGCGUGGAAGAUGCUUGGAAGCUCAUGGAAAAGGGAAGCGUGCUAACUAGUCCACCUGCAUUCCUCUUCGGAGUUCUUUGGUUCCUGACCAAUCGAACGCCGAAGGUUACAAAGGCCUAGAGAUCCAGUGAUUCAUCCUAAUUCGUUUUAGAUUUUUGAUUUGUUAUCUAAUUGUUUGACGAAUAAUAAUAAAAAA